AUGUUUAAUGCGCUGAAUCGUUUCAUAUCGCGCCUUGACGGAGACGUCCAGCAGCAGCGGCAACAAGAGCGAGGCUCGUUCGGCUUCCAGGUGUUGCGCAACACUAACUUGGAGCUGGCCAUCGAGCCCUGGUUCGAUUUCAUUGUUGGAAUUAACGGGAGACCUAUUGAGGACCCUGAACCUGCUCUCUUCAGCCAGGAAGUGAGGAACUGUGCGGGCAGCACAGUUACCCUGGGGCUAUGGAGUGCAAAGGGCCAGAGAACUAGGGAGAUUCAUGCUCCCGUUGCGCCAGACACUGCAUCCCUCGGCCUGUCUUUGCAGUACGCCCCUCUUGCUCUUGCUGCCAAUAUCUGGCAUGUUCUGGAUGUCCCGGCCAACUCGCCCGCUGACGUCGCCGGUCUUUUGCCGUACAGUGACUAUAUCCUUGGCAGCCCCGAAGGUGCGCUGUAUGGAGAAGGCGGCCUGGGCGAGCUCGUCGAGGACUUUAUCGGACGGCCGAUGCGCAUCUGGGUUUACAACAACGAAUACAACGUCACACGAGAAGUCACGAUACAGCCUAGCCGGGAUUGGGGUGGUCAGGGUGCGUUAGGAUGUGUUCUUGGAUAUGGCGCUCUUCACAGGAUACCACCUCCUCUAAGUGAGCCUGUUGAUGCCCCUGGCGAGACCAUGUUUGACGGAGCUAUCAACGAGAAGAGCGAGGAUGUGUUUGUGCCUGUUGUUGCAGGCUCAGGACUUCCACCCCCUCCCACAGGAGACUUCCUAGUGCCUGCUCAGAUGAUAGGCAACGCCCCUCCAAGUGCCCCGCCAAGAGGAGGCAAGAAGAAAGAGCGCCAUGGUCAUGGUCCCAACCCAUUAAUGGAUGAUUAUUUCAAGGAGGAGGAAGAGAAGAGUCGGGCCGUGGACAAUGCGCCGUCAGCAAGGAAUUCACCAGCACCCCCUCCACCAAAAGCAGGCCCUCCCAGAGACUCGCCCAAGCCAGAGGCUCAGGUCAAUAGCGAAGAAGCGCAAUGA